AUGGAGUAUAUACUCAAUGAAGACGGAUUGAGCACAUUGGAAUUGCUUAAGAAAAUCGCAAUUAAACGGAGAAAUAUUCAAAUAAACUUAAACAAUUCAAUUUUCUCCUUAGAUGCCCUUAUUACAAUUUCUGGCAUAGAGAUUAAUACCGAUUGUAACAAGUUUUCAUUCCCGAUAAUAGGAGAUAACUAUUGGCUUUGCCACCUGUCGUUAUUACAACAAUUGAAUGCAGUGCAAAAUUUAGAAAAUCUCUUGGCCAUUCUUGCCAAAAGGCAUUUUACAUUCGGAGAAAAUGACAAAGCAGAGAUUGUUGCUCAUGAACUAUCGAAAAAAUUCAAGCUUUUACCGAAGAUUUCUCAAUUCCAAGCAUUUAAGGUCCUGAUUAAAUACUUCAACAACUACCUAUUGCAACUUGAUAUACCACUAUGUCACGACUACAUGAUAACACAUGUAUUAGUCCAAUUCUUGAAAAUGGCCGAAGAUGAUGAAUUAUUGGCAAAAAAUUUGCCAAAUCCACAGGAAUUCAUUUUGGAUCUAAUUUGUUCAUGGCGUGCUGUGUUGUAUGAUGCCAACAGUUGGCAAAUGGGAUAUAAAACAAUCCACACCGCUACAAGUGGUUUGCACAAAAUUGUAACAGUAAUUGAUGCCUUUGUCGCCGCAAUGAGGGACCACCAUACAAGUUUCAAGUUCAUUUUGAACCCAGAUUUAUUUGCCAAAUAUUCAUCAGGUACAGAUGAUUGCACAAACAACGAUUCUAAGAAACACGUAUUGGUGCUACUGCUUUACUUUGUGGCUAAAUACUACGCACUUCCUAUCAAUCGAGCCCGUGACAUAUCUCACUUACGCACAUUGCAUAAAUUGCCUUGGCUAACUGGACUAAAUAUAUGCAUAACAGAUUCACUACUAAACAAGCAUAUGAUAUACUUUUAUCAAUCUGCGCUGUUUGAGUGUCUCCCUGAAUUCUUCGCCCUUUCAUACCACUCAAAAUUGCACCAUUUACACCCAAUAUCUAUAGAUUUAGACAAGCUGUACACUGAUAUGAAUAAUUUGUGUCACAAAAUAUCUUCCAAUGGAAUACUUAUUGACACAAACGAAUUACAUCAAAUCUAUUGCGCAGAACCGCUUGCAUCUGUGUCCUGUGCGAUAGAUUACUUGAUUCAGAAAUUUAUCUCCCGAGACAAUAUUGACGACAAUUACAUUGGCCUUUGCCAAAACCCCAUGAACUUGCUUCAGCGCAUGAGAGAAACUAGCAUCUGCGCCUUCCUUUCCCUAGGUCUCCUACAAAGAAUGCUAAAGGUGCUGCUUUGUCGACUGAACGAUUAUUUGUCUAGAGGAUUACCGCAAUCAAACAACCCAGUAUCGCACACUAUCCGGCAAAACGUAUCGCACCAAAACGAAUGCGCCGUUACUACGUACCUGGCAGACAUUGCUGCCAAGCACGUGCGCAACAAAUGCAGCCAUUGUAGGGACAUAGGGGCCAAAAUGGGCAUUUUUAUAAACGAAUUAGGCACAAUUGGCAUAAGUAAUGUGCUUGCUUUUGGAUUUGAUCAAAUACUCAUUAGUGACUGCGUAGUUAGGAGCGCGUGGCCCGAAAAACUAUUGGAGAUCGUAAUGCAAAUGCUGGCAAAAAAGGUCAAAUCCAUUGGACAGUGCAAUGUUUCAGGUAUUUCUAGCAUUGUUUUCUGCUUCAAAAUUGCCGUUGCACUUGUACUUGUGGUGGACUGCGUCAAAUGUACAACUACAUGUUCUGAUAAGGACGAGUCUAAAAAGUAUUUGUUUUACUGCGCAGAGACACUGAAUAUUUACUUUCUGGAAUCGCUAAAGACAGCAUUAACUAUGAGCUUGGCGCAUAAUUCGUUUGUUGUAAGCGCUGCAGGGCCAAUUUCGCGAAUCUACUACAAAUUUCCUAAACUAGCCCCAAUUGCAAGCAUUGUAAUUACUCACCACAUACCAAGCGUCCCACUUGAUCAGGAAAUGUUGUUAAAGGCGCUGAAUGACCUAUCACUAUCGCUAACUGCGAUUAUACAGGCUAAUGCCACCACCCUACUGCAGUGA